GCAGCCCCGGAGCGGCGCGGCGCGGAGCGGCGGCUGCCCAUGGCCCUCGCGGAGCCGCUGGACGGGGGCUGGCAGGAGGUUUACUCGGCUCUCCAGUGGAUACAGUUCACCAUGGCCAUGCUAAGUGUUAUAGGUUCCAGCUCGAUUAUUGCCUACGCCAUCUUUCAAAAUGCCAUGCGGUCCCCUGAGGUUCGCCCUCUUUUCUACCUGAGCCUCUCUGACCUAUUUCUCGGUAUGUGUUGGCUUGCUGGGGCACUUCUCUAUAGCACACCAAUUUCGAAGGAGGAUCUCGUCUGCUAUAACCUGCAAGCAACAGGACAAAUAUUUUAUGUGGCCUCUUUUCUGUACACUGUCAACUACACUUGGCAUCUGUACAUGGACCUAAAGAUGAAAUACAACCAGAACCUGUACAGGACAUCUUCCCUGGUUAUAGAUUAUGUGAGCUACAUUGGCCGAGUAGCAACAAUCUUGUCCAGCUUGAUCCCUUUUCUUCUGAUGGUGCCCGUGUUUUGCCUGGGAAACAGCAGUAACUGCUAUCAGAACUUCAGCCAGAAGCAUGGAUGUCUCCUGAUGCACACAGAAGUAGCUAUGCCCACCAAUGAACUCCUAACACUGAGUGACUCUGUGUGCCGUGCAAUGUAUUACUAUGGCAUUGGUGUCUUCCUCAUUUCCUUUCUGAUCAGCUUUGUAGCCAUUCUGGUUAUACUCGUUCAAGCCCGUUGUUUGUACAAAAGGUUUGUAAACUCCACAGGAUUCUUGGGAGAUCAGCAAUGGGCAAUGAUUAAAGUGGUGGAACAACGAGUGGUUUUUUACCCCAUCGCGUUCUUCUGCUGUUGGGGACCAGCUGUCCUCCUUGGAAUACUGAAGCUAACAGUUUCAGCAAAUGGCAAAGUCUACAUGGCUCUUUUUAUUCUACAGGCUCUGACAGCAUCUUCCCAGGGACUUCUGAACUGCAUCGUGUAUGGCUGGACACAGCAUGUCUUUCUCUCCCUCAAACGCAAUGCCUGCCGGGAUGUUGACACACAAACUCCUCUCUUGCGCUCACAGAAGAAGUUCUAUGCCAGCACACUCCCUGCCAGCCCUCCAGACACAGAGGUAUCCACGUCCACUCUGCUGUGAUGAGUUCCUGCAUUAAAAGAAGAAUGAGCAGCCUCCUAAUGGUGCCUUGUCACAUUCUAGCAAUGUCAGCCAGAACCGGUCUCUGACCUCCUUGAUCUGAACUGUUUCAUCAUCAACAAAGUUAAAUUUAAUGCAGGAAAAGCCCGAGCAGAUCUGUCAGACAGACACUUUUCAAGGUAGUUAUUUAUUUUAUAGAUUUGUAUGGACUUUACAUAGAUCCUUUAAACAUGGUAAAUCUUUAAUACAGACUUUUUCCUUAUGGAAGUAUCUCUACAAAUGCAGCAAAUUGUAUGUAACAGCUCAGUGGUCUGGUAUGGCUCUCCUAAAGGUAGGUGGCCAAAGGAUGUUUUACUUCUCUUGGUAUUUGUCAGGUGUUUACUAUUACAACUUAACAGUAAAGCAAAGAAAGAUGACUAUUUUUAAAUCUAUGACUUUUAAUUUACUAUGAAAAUGAAAACAAUGUACCAUACUAAUAGCCAACUGCACUGGAAUGAAAAGUUACAUUGUAGCACAAAAAAUCAGAGCUCAGUUCCAUGCUUUGACUUUUCACACAUCUCGCUUCUAUUCUUCACGCCAACUCCUACUCAGCUACAAUAUUAGGAAAAAAUUGCUUAUAUAACACAAUGGAGCACCUCUCAUGAGCCAGGUGAGCAGGACUUGGCACCAAUCUGCCUAUACACUUCUAGAUGCUGAAGUGAAUUAUUUACUA